AUGGCUCGUCUCUCUUUUGUUUCUCUUCUUUCUCUGUCACUGCUCUUCGGGCAGCAAGCAGCCAGAGCUCAGGAUACAUACCCAACAGCAAACGCUGGACUGGAGGCGAUGAACGAGCUCAGAAAAGCAGCAGGGCUUCCUGAAUUUGGAAAUGCUGUUGGAGAUGCAGUAGUUCUACCAGCAUACUCGCACGAGGCCAGGACGGCACCAGUGGCUGAAACUCUGUGGAAGACGGAAAUAUGUCCCAAAGUCUUAGGAGGAGCAAGGGCCAAGAGUGUUACCGAAGCUGUCAAGCUAACUGGCAACUUUGCCUACUACCCCGUCACCGACGGCAAAAAAGAGUGCAGCGAUGCUCUGGAGUACUGGAAAGGCGGACUUUCGCAGUUCAACGAUAAAAUUCCCCCAACAUUUCAAGCGUUGAACAACCCCGCUGUGUACAAUGACAGGGCCGUCUCCUUUGUCGCCCUAUACAACCCCAAACCCAGCCCCGUUGUUAGUUGCGUACUACUCCAGUGCCCUAAUGCAGGAGGUGUUGGUGGACGCAGGCUUGCGGCAGGCACGACAGAUGCUGUCAUUUGCUUGACAAACCCUGCUCCUUUGGCAGCAGGCUCACCACCAUUCGAGACGAGCAAUGGAAGAAAAUUGUUGACUCUCUAUCUGAAAAGAAGGGUGGAGUUUCUCCAGUCGGCCCUUCAGUAG